AUGCACGGCUUCCACGUGUUGAGGCUCAACGUGCCAGUGCCUGGCAGCAUUGUGCACAACGAUGAGACGAAGAAGUCUGCGAUCCAUUCGUUGUACAUCAAGGAACAUGUGCUGAAGAAGCCCGUGGCGGAGCUUCCUGCGAAGCGAACCCUCUUUGUGCUGAACCUCCCCGUCUCCGCAGAGGCGUGUGGCUCGCACACUCUGCACCGUCCGUUCUGA